AAGAAGACGAAACAUGCAUGAGAAAGUUGUAAAACGGACCAGAUUGGAUUUUUCACUGGAAGAAAGAUAAAUGUCGCUGGUUUAUAAUCUGUUUCACUAGAUGUUGGCUUGGAAUCCGAACUGCAUCAAUAUGAAGCCUGUGAUCAAAAUCGAAGAGUCCUUUCAGGAAGUUCCAGAGUCCGAAUCCACUAAUAAUGAUGUGGAAACUUUGGUUCUGAGUAAAAUUGAAGGAUCGGCUGCUCUCUUUUGCCAGCGACUGAAAUAUGAAGUUAAAACUAUUCAAGAAUCAGAUCAAAGUUCUUCAGAUACUGAACUGGAAGCAUCCAUCUCCAAACCUUUGAAACGGAAAAAACCAAGGAGAAAUGCUCUUGGUAAAAAGUACGUCUGUAAACUGUGUGGCAUUGAGUAUCGCCACAGCUCAAACCUAGGGACGCACAUGCGAAUACACACAGGAGAAGCGCCGUACGUCUGUGAACUCUGUGGAAGAGCCUUCAGGCGUAAAGACUGGCUUAAACUGCACAGUAGCAUCCACAUGGGUGUCAAACGCAAGCUUGUAAAGAAAUUCAGCUGUGAUCAGUGUGGGAAGAAGUUUAUUGGUUCCACCGCUCUCCAGAGUCAUUUAUAUCAACACAAAGGCGAGAGGCCGUUCGCCUGCGUUCUGUGUGACAAAACCUUCUUCAGUCAAACCAAUCUGAAACGCCACCAGGUCGAUGCUCAUUCUGACAGCAAACCGUUCAGCUGCCCUGUGUGUGAGAGUGGAUUCUCACGCCUUUAUUCGCUGGAGAAACACAUGCGGCUUCACACAGGAGAGAGACCUUACUCCUGUCCUGAAUGUGGAAAGACUUUCCCUUUAAAAUACACCUUGAAAAUGCAUCUUAAAACACACUCGGCCAAAGGUUGAGCAUUCAUUAGAGUUGUGGCGAAAAAUCUAAACGGUUUUCAAAAUGCAUCGAUAUUCUCUCUUGAAAUGAUUGUAAACUUAGUUUUUAGCAGCAGAUGAAGCUCUAGGCUAUUUUAAAACGGCAGACGUCGCUCUAGGCUAGUUUUUAACAGCAGAUGGUGCUCUAAGCUAGUUUUUAAACAGCUGAUGGCGCUCUAGGCUAGUUUUUAAACAGCAGAUGGCACUCUAGGCUAGUUUUUAACAGCAGGUGGCGCUCUAGGCUAGUUUUUAAACAGCAGAUGGCGCUCUAGGCUAGUUUUUAAACAGCAGAUGGCACUCUAAGCUAAUUUUUAACAGCAGAUGGCCCUCUAGGCUAGUUUUUAACAUCAGAUGGCGCUCUAAGCUAGUUUUUAACAGCAGAUGUUGCUCUACGCUAGUUUUUAAAUAACAGAUGGCACUCUAGGCUAGUUUUUAACAGCAAAUGGCGCUCUAGGCUAGUUUUUAAAAGCAGAUAGCGCUCUAGGCUAAUUUUUAAACAGCAGAUGGUGCUCUAGGCUAGUUUUUAAACAGCAGAUGGCGCUUUGAGCUAGUUAUUAACAGCAGAUAGCACUCUAGGCUAGUUUUUAAACAGCAGAUGGCGCUCUAGGCUAAAUUUUAACAGCCAAUGGUGCUCUAGGCUAGUUUUUAACAGCAGAUGGCACUCUAGGCUAAUUUUUAAACAGCAGAUGGCGCUCUAGGCUAGUUAUUAACAGCAGAUGAUGCUCUAGGCUAGUUUUUAAUAGAAGAUGGCGCUCUAGGCUAGUUUUUAAAGAUUAGAUGUCGCUCUAGGAUAGUUUUUAACAGCAGAUGGCACUGCAGGCUAGUUUUUAACUGCAGAUGUCGCUCUAGGCUAGUUAUUAACAGCAGAUGGCGCUGUAGGCUAGUUUUUAACAGCAGAUGUCGCUCUAGGCUAGCUUUUAACAGCUGCUGUCAAUCUAGUCUAGUUUUUAAACAGCAGAUGGCGCUCUAGGCUAAUUUUUAAACAGCAGAUGGUGCUCUAGGGUAGUUUUUAACAGGGGAUGGUGCUUUAGUCUAGUGCUGCAUCCCAAUUUGCAUUCUGUCUAUCCUAAAUAGGAUGCAAAAGUAGAAUUGGUAUGUCCCAAACCAUAGUAUGUUGAAAAGAGUAUGCCAAAUGUUCCCAGAUGGUUUACUAUUUCCAGUAAAAAUUCGAAAUGUAGAACCGUCCAUACUCUAAUUGCAAAUAUUGCCCACAACACAUUGCACAUUGUACGUGAAUUUGAUUAGAACUACAAACUUGUGUGUAAAGUCUAAUAUCUACCCAACUGGAUCAUAUUUAAACCUCGUUUCCCGUGUUAUAUUUCAUUUGCAACAACAAUGUGAACUUGUAUCAAGAUAUAUUUUGACAUUACAUUCUGAAUUCAUAAUUACCCAUAGACCUGGGGAGAUUUCUCUGCAUGAAAGACUUGCAAAUGGCAGAUUGUCCUGCUGCUGCUUCUCCAAUAAAGUAGGUCAUUAAAAAGGAAAGAAAUGUUAAUGAUGUGUCAAGAUGAUUGACAGGAGACGUAACUAAGCAACUAAGUAACUAAGCAAGGAAGUAGUAUGUUCCUAAGCUUGCAUACUCUUGUUACACACUCAAAAGUAUAAACUUUUCCGUUACAAAAAAAGUACACAAUUUCUUACGGCGUAAUUGGGACACGGCACAUGUUUUUUAUGAGCAAAUGGCACUUAAUUUGGUUUUUAACAUCAGAUGACGCUCUAAAAAAUGUAAAUGUCCUAAAUCUAAACUCAAAUACUCAUGAGGGGGAGCUCUUGUUGGUUUGGUGUGUCAUAUAAGAUGGCUUUUAUGUCACAAGUUUAAUGUAAACACAGCUCACUGUGAACACUCUUGUAAUUCCCUUUCUGAAAUUUAUUUAUGAUUAUUUUUGGUUUAAGUGGUAUUUGUUAGGAAUUGGAUGCAAGAUGCAUGGUUGUUUGUAAAGUAAACUAUAAACUAUCCUAGAGUGCCAUAUGCUGUUAGAAACUAGCCUAGAGCGACAACAGCUAUUAAGAAAUAGCCAAGAGCACCAUCUUCUGUUAAAAACUAGCCUAGAGCGCCAUCUGCUUAAAGAAACCUAGCCUAGAGCAACAUCUGCUGUUAAAAACUAGCCUAGAGCGACAACAGCUAUUAAGAAAUAGGCCAGAGCACCAUCUUCUGUUAAAAACUAGUCUAGAGCAACAUCUGCUGUUAAAAACUAGCCAAGAGGGCCAUCUCCUGUUAAAAACUAGCCUAGAGCGACAACAGCUAUUAAGAAAUAGGCCAGAGCACCAUCUUCUGUUAAAAACUAGCCUAGAGCGCCAUCUGCUUAAAGAAACCUAGCCUAGAGCAACAUCUGCUGUUAAAAACUAGCCUAGAGGGCCAUCUCCUGUUAGAAACUAGCCUAGAGCGACAACAGCUAUUAAGAAAUAGGCCAGAGCACCAUCUUCUGUUAAAAACUAGUCUAGAGCAACAUCUGCUGUUAAAAACUAGCCAAGAGGGCCAUCUCCUGUUAAAAACUAGCCUAGAGCGACAACAGCUAUUAAGAAAUAGGCCAGAGCACCAUCUUCUGUUAAAAACUAGCCUAGAGCGCCAUCUGCUUAAAGAAACCUAGCCUAGAGCAACAUCUGCUGUUAAAAACUAGCCUAGAGGGCCAUCUCCUGUUAGAAACUAGCCUAGAGCGACAACAGCUAUUAAGAAAUAGCAUAGAGCGCCAUCUUCUGUUAAAAGCUAGCCUAGAGCACCAUUUGCUUAAAGAAACCUAGCCUAGAGCAACAUCUGCUGUUAAAAACUAGCCUAGAGGGCCAUCUCCUGUUAGAAACUAGCCUAGAGCACCAUAUGCCGUCAAGAAAACUAGCCUAGAGCGCCAUCUGCUAUAAAGAAAACAAGCCUAGAGCGCCAUCUCCUGUUAAAAAACUAGCCUAGAGUGACAUCUUCUGUAAAUUAAACUAGACUAGAGCGACAUCUGCUUUAAAUAAAACUAGCCUAGAGCGACAUCUGCUGUUAAAACUAACAUAGAGUGCCAUCCCCUAUUAAAAACUAGCCUAGAGCAUCAUUUGCUGUAAAGAAAACAAGCCUAGAGCGACAUCUGCUGUUAAAAACUAGCCUAGAGGGCUAUCUGCUGUCAAAAAAACAAGCCUAGAGCGACGUCUGCCGUUAAAAACAAGCCUAGAGCACCAUCUCCUGUUUAAAAACUAGCCUAGAGCAGUGUUUCCCAACCCUGUUCCUGGAGGCACACCAACAGAACAUAUUUUGGAUGUCUCCCCUAUAUCACCCAUUCACUUCAGGUUUUGGAGUCUCUUCUAAUGUUCUGGUGAGUUGAUUCAGGUGUAUUGGAUUAGGUAGAGCUUGAAAAUGUGUACUGUUGGUGUGCCUUCAGGAACAGGGUUGGGAAACACUGGCCUAGAGCAACGUCUGCUGUUAAAAGCUAGCCUAGAGCAGCAUUUCCUGUAAAAACUAGCCUAGAGUGCCAUUUGCUGAGAAGAAAACCAUCCCAGAGAGACAUCUGCUGUAAACUAGCUUACAGCGCCAUCUGCUGUUAAAUACUAAGUUCAAAAUUUAGUCAUUAUAGAGAUGCAUUUUGAAAAUUCCAGACUUGUUUUCUGGAUUGUCUCCAUUACUCCAACAUUCAUGUCACAUGAGUUUUACUGGAAAAUGUAUUAUUUUUGAGCCACACCCUUUUUUAUUAAUCUUUGUUCUUUAUAUUAUCUUUUCAAUAAAGAUUGUGAGUGCACAUGGUUUCCUUUUGAUCAGUUUUUUAUUUUUUCCAAGUUGUUUUGAGUGUGAAUAAGUUCUAUUACAACCACAUUUUUAAUAUGUAAAAUUAUAUUUUAUACAAAGUUAUAUCUUGCUUUAAUGGAUCCUUUUCCCACUAUUUUUACUUGCAAGUCAGUUUACUGGAAUGCUAUAUUCAGCAUUGUUUUGGUCACAGUGGCAUCACGUAAACGUAAACCUUAUAAAUACUUUGGCAAUACAUUUGUCAUGCCAAUGAAGCAAUUUAUUAUGCAAAAUGUGUAUUUGAUGAAUGAGUAGUGGAAUAUUCUGAUUUGUGAUAUUAUCAGGCUAGUUUUGUUGCGAAAAUCUGGCAAUCCUUCAGGAAAGACGUGACCAUAGCCUCUCCCAUGUAUGUCAUGCCAAUAAAAUUAAGUGAAUUGAA